AUGGAACAAUUAACUGUAAACAAUAAUAAACCACAGAAGAACAAAUUUGAUGAACAAUCAAAAGAUGAUAAUCAACAUUUAUCAGUUAUUCAAUAUCCUUAUCUUAGUGUAGUUGAUUUGUUUCAUGCUCAUGAUGAUUAUGUGAAGCAAUUUCUAUUGGAUAUCAAAAUGUGUUUAACAACAAAGCUCAACUUUCAAGUCUACUUUUCAACUUUGGAUAAAGUAACACACAAUUUUACAAGAGAUGCAACACGAACCAAUUGUGCCAAAUUACUUGCUCUUCCUCCGAAUCAUCCCGACUUGGCUACUUCCUACAACAACAUCGGUAUGGUGUAUGAUAACAUGGGCGAGUACUUGAAAGCACUUUCAUCGUACGAAAGAUCACUUGAAAUCCAAAAAACAGCUCUCCCUCCGAAUCAUCCAUUAUUGGCUACUUCCUACAACAAUAUUGGUAUGGUGUAUUCUCACAUGGACGACUACACGAAAGCACUUUCAUCGUACGAAAGAUCACUUGAAAUCCAAAAAAUAGCUCUCCCUCCGAAUCAUCCCGACUUUGCUCAAUCCUACAACAACAUCGCUUCAGUGUAUGAUAACAUGGGCGAGUACUCGAAAGCGCUUUCAUCGAACGAAAGAUCACUUGAAAUCCGAAAAAUAGCUCUCCCUCCGAAUCAUCCCGACUUUGCUCAAUCCUACAACAAUAUCGCUUCAGUGUAUUAUAACAUGGGCGAGUACUCGAAAGCACUUUCAUCGUGCGAAAGAUCACUUGAAAUCGUCAAAAUAGCUCUCCCUCCGAAUCAUCCCGACUUGGCUACUUCCUACAACAACGUCGGUAUGGUGUAUGAUAACAUGGGCGAGUACUCGAAAGCACUUUCAUCGUACGAAAGAUCACUUGAAAUCCGAAAAAUAGCUCUCCCUCCGAAUCAUCCCUCCUUGGCUACUUCCUACUACAACGUCGGUAUGGUGUAUUCUCACAUGGGCGAGUACUCGAAAGCACUUUCAUCGUACGAAAGAUCACUUGAAAUCCGAAAAAUAGCUCUCCCUCCGAAUCAUCCCGACUUGGCUACUUCCUACAACAACAUCGCUUUAGUGUAUGAUAACAUGGGCGAGUACUCGAAAGCACUUUCAUCGUACGAAAGAUCACUUGAAAUCGGAAAAAUAGCUCUUCCUCCGAAUCAUCCCGCCUUGGCUACUUCCUACAACAACGUCGGUAUGGUGUAUGAUAACAUGGGCGAGUACUCGAAAGCACUUUCAUCGUACGAAAGAUCACUUGAAAUCCGAAAAAUAGCUCUCCCUCCGAAUCAUCCCUCCUUGGCUACUUCCUACAACAACAUCGCUUCAGUGUAUGAUAACAUGGGCGAGUACUCGAAAGCAUUUUCAUCGUACGAAAGAUCACUUGAAAUCGGAAAAAUAGCUCUCCCUCCGAAUCAUCCCUCCUUGGCUACUUCCUACAACAACAUCGCUUCAGUGUAUUCUCACAUGGGCGAGUACUCGAAAGCACUUUCAUCGUACGAAAGAUCACUUGAAAUCCGAAAAAUAGCUCUCCCUCCGAAUCAUCCCGACUUGGCUACUUCCUACAACAACAUCGCUUUAGUGUAUGAUAACAUGGGCGAGUACUCGAAAGCACUUUCAUCGUACGAAAGAUCACUUGAAAUCGGAAAAAUAGCUCUCCCUCCGAAUCAUCCCUUAUUGGCUACUUUCUACAACAACGUCGGUAUGGUGUAUGAUAACAUGGGCGAGUACUCGAAAGCACUUUCAUCAUGGGGAAGUUGA